UGAAACAGGAAGUACCUCUUGGUUUUGACUCGACGACAUUUCGGCCAUUUCGAGAUUUCGACUUCUUAUCAAAUUUUCAUUAAAAUACUUAAAAGAAAAUCAGAAAUCUGCUCUUCAUCAGACUGGAACACAUCAUGAGAUGUUUUCUGGUUCUCUUCUGGCUGAUCAGUUUACUUCCCGUCUCAGAUCAAGGAGAAUAUCAUCUUGUUGGUCCUGAAGAGCCAAUAGAGGCACAAGUGGGAUCCAACGUUGUUCUACCAUGUCUUGUGAAGCCCCCAGUUAACCUGAGAGACGGUACAGUCGAGUGGAUGUUCGACUCCAGUAAAACUGUUCACUUGUUUCGCAAUGAAGGUGAUGACAGAGAAUCUCAAGACAAAAGUUACAAAGAUCGAACUUAUCUCAACCAUGCAAUGCUUGAACUUGGUGACAUUUCUCUCAAGUUGUCCAACAUAACUAAGAACGAUGAAGGGAUUUACAGCUGCUUGGUUCAGCGUCUGCCUGAUCUCUCAGAAGAGAGACAUGUUACUCUGAUUGUUGUUGAUGGAAAAGAAAAUGAAAACCCUGAAGGACAUUCUGGAGGACCUGAACCUGGAGUUAUUGUUGGUCUUGUUGUUGCAGCACUCAUCAUCCUCGCCUUCAUCAUAUACUGUGCUGUACGUCGCCACAGAGGUGAACAAAUUUUUCCAUGCUGGAACAACAAGUCUCAAAAGGAACAAAGGAGAAAUUAUGGAGAUCACAGAGGAAAUGGUAACCAAGGAGAUGGAGCUGAAGAAAGACCUUUACAGGACCUGGAACAACCAAACCAAAAUGUGCGAAUCAUCCAUCAUGAUCUGAAAUCUCUCCAUUUUUGUCAUUAUUAAAUCAAAGAUAUAUAUAUAUUUUUAAUAAAUAUAACUGCAAAAUGUU